UAUUGUGUCAUGUAUUCACCUCUAACAUCUUUAAAUAAUUAUAUUUAAUAUAUAUUUCAUGUAUUUUAAAGCAUACAGGCAAAGAAAAUAGAGUUUUGUAUAUGAUUUAUUAACCCGGUAUAGCUACAUAGUAUGCUAGCUAACUGAUACUAGUAUAUGCUAGUAUCAGUUAGAAUAUAUUUGACUAUAUUAUUUAUUUUAAUAAGUCUUUUUUUUCUUUUUUUACGAAUUUUCCUACAGAUGUAAGACUGCAAAAAAUGACACAGACUGAGGUGUUUCAAGUGACAGUGGAGGCUCAUCAUUACUCACACUGACUCAUCAACAAGCCCACAGUCUCAAAAGCACACAAACUAAACCAAUGGAAGGAUUUUCUGUCCACAAAUGUCUUCUAAUAGUUCAAUUCUAAAGAUUUGAUUGGAAGUAGCUAAUCAGUUUGGGUAUGGUGUCAAUAUUUCUGAUAUGGAAACAUCUUAUAACAAAACACCUAUAGAAGAUUUAAUGUAUAUAGUAUUACCUUGCUGUACUUAUAUAUAUCAUAUUUUAUAUUCAAGUGUAUGUACUGUUUACAUACAUGCCUGUGUUUGUUGUCUCUACAUGUCAAGUGCUCUGAAAUUGAGCCUUAUAACAGCCGUUCAAUGUCUGUGUAGGCUAUGUAUAAUAUACAGCAUACACUAAAAAGUAUAGUUUAUAUAUUUUUUUUGUUGUUGUUGUUGUGUUUGUAUUUGAGCCUCACCUUCAGCCAUGUAGGCAGAAGCGUUCAUAUGUAGAGAGAGAGAGAGAGAGAGAGAGAGAGAGAGAGCAAAUUCCUCCGCGUUGUACAGGUCAUGAAUAUGUGGUGCUGAAACUUGAAUUGAGCGGAAGACAGAAAAACAUCUACUGUUGUUGUGGCGCCUUUGUUUUCCUCUCAAUAGUUGGACGAGACAUUACUUAAGCAAGAGUUUCUCAAGUGUCUGACAUCUUAUCCACAAAGCAGUUCUGCAGGAAAGAAACUAUGGCUUUUAUGUUAAAACACAUGAUAGGAGGGCAGCUGAAGGAUCUUACCGGGGGUCUUGCAGAAGAAAAAGCAGAAGGAGAAAAGUCAGAAGCUGCAGGGAAGGGAAUGACACAAGAAGAGUUCGAGCAGUAUCAACAACAGUUGGCGGAGGAGAAGAUGGAGCGGGAUGCCAGUUUUGCCCAAAAGAAAGCUGAGCGAGCCACAGUCAGGAGCCACUUCAGGGACAAAUACCGCCUUCCAAAAAGUGAACUGGACGAGACACAGAUUCAGGCUGCGGCAGAUGACGUGGAGUUGCCCACAGAGCUGGCCAAGAUGAUCGCCGAAGACAACCAGGAGGAGGAGCACAAGCAGUCCGUCCUGGGUCAGCUGACCAACAUUCAGAACGUAGAUAUUGACCAGCUAAAAGAAAAGGCCCAGUCCACCAUCGAAGACCUUAGACAGUCUGCUGAAAAGUGUGAGGUCAUGUAAUACACAGAGCUGGACUGCCGGUUGACUGAGGAUCAGAUGUUUUUCUAUAUGAUCCAUAAACAGCAUACCUAUAAUCUCUGAUUCAUGAAAGACAAACUCCUUCCCAAAGCCAAGCACUCAUAUAUCAAUUUGAAGUGUGUCUGUUGAUAUCGCAAAUAAUGUUUGCUACACUGUAUACACAUCACACUUUAUCAUAAUUGUGGGUAAAGGCAAUAAUUAAUUAUCAGAUAAAAACUUUCUGCUUGUUUGUUCUUCAGUGUUUAAAAUAUCAACAUCCAAAUUAGCCAGAAAAUACAGUAUUCCAGUCUGCUAAAUGCAUAUUGCUAAUAUGUAUAACAGGCUAUGUAUGUUUGCUCCUUUUUAUGUACUUAAUAUUUUGAUGUAUUUAUGUGCAGUGUGUAUAUAAAACAUGAUGUUUUUUUUUAUUAACACCAAAUAUAAACUUGUGAA